AUGAAAAACCUCCCUGUUGAAUUUCAGGAGUUCCAGAAAGUGUUCAGUGAAGAGUUCUUUACCACACUGCCAGAACAUUGCCCCUACGACAUUGCUAUUGACUGGAAGAGACAAACAGCCUCCCUAUGGCCCAUCUAUUCCAUGACCCCUGCAGAGAGAGAAGCACUCAAGGAACACAUUGACUCAGAACUUGCAGCUGGAAAGAUUGUGCCAACCACCUCACCAGCAGGAGCUCCAGUGAUUGGUGGACUAUUGCCGGCUAAAUGCCAUCACAAUCAAGGACAGAUAUGCGCUACCCAACAGGACAAGCUAAUUGAGAAAUUGCGCCAUGCUAAGAUCUUCACAAAGCUGGAUUUGAGGAAUGGAUAUCACAACAUCAGAAUCAAAGAAGGAGAUGAAUGGAAGGCUGCAUUUUGCACUGCCCUUGGUCACUUUGCUCCCACAGUCAUGCAAUUUGGCCUUAGCAACGCCCCAGCUGUGUUCAUGCGCUUCAUGAACAAUAUUCCGUGA